GCGCUCGUGGUGUGCGGUACACGGUAUAGCUCGCUGGUGAUUUCAACGCUCGUAGAGACGCGCUGUUCAACUCGUCAAGCACCGUACGGGAUUGUCGUUGAUCAUCCGUCGCGUUCGAAGGAAAAAUCUUCGUCGAGAAUCAAAACCAACGAGUAAAACUGACUCGAGUUUUCGCGGAAUUUGAGGGACUGUCUCCGACUCGCGAGUGCUACGUCCUCUUCUCGAGGACCGAAUUAGAGGAUCCUGCGAGGUGGAGACUAAACGACAGUGACUCUACAUACAACCAGUGGUCCGUUUGAACAUUUCUCAAGGAUUUACCCCGUCAGUGUCUAACAGUGCAAUCGGAUGCGCUCAAUGCCGCUUGUUCGCCAACUGUAAACAUGAUUCCCGCGCAUUGACGUUACGCAUCGAACCGCGAGUGCGGGCUGCACUCAGCUGUGAAUUCGUAAAAGUGAGAUUAGAGGAAUGUUGAAGCACGUGUCAGUCUCACCAUGGAGAGGGCGAGCAGACAGCGUGAGUCUUGCCUCGAGCGGGGGUGCGAGUAGUUGCGGAAGCGGAAGUCCAACUCCUGGUCACACACCGCCGCCUUCGAGAGCGUCCUCUUGCGCCUCGCUCGCACCCCUAACCGCCCUUUCAAGCUUCUCUCCUGCCGACGCCAAUCCGCAACAGACGACCAUAAAGGUGUACGCGAACUGCCUGCGGCCGGACAUCGAGUACAAGACCCUCGGUAUUACCUACCAGACGACCUGCCGCGAGGUCGUACAGAACCUAUUGAACAAGUAUCGGAUGAGGCACCGUGACCCGAGGCUGUUCUACCUAACCAUGGAGGUCACUGUGAGAAGACCCAACGUGAGGACCGUCCUGCCCCUCGACGAGGACGCGAGGCCUGCCGUUUUGCAAUCGUGUCAUCCUCGCGGCGAUUCCAGAUUCUCAUUGCAGACACGCCGCGGCGGACUUGUCAAAAUAUACGACAGCGCGCUCAUGUCCGGGUCCAAGUACAAGAGCCUGUUGGUCUCCGAGCAGACCACCGUAGACGAGCUCAUCCAGAUGUUGUUGAGUUGCUACAGCUCCAAGGAACGUGUUGAGCAGUUCUCUCUCUACGAGGUCUGCGAAGGCGAGGAGUACCAAAGGAAAUUGCAUCCUGACGACUCACCCCUUAAGGUCACGCAACGGUGGACAAGCGCGGAUCGCCAUCUUCGCAUAAGGCGCAAUCCUGACUACAAUCCGUACAGAAGAAAAAGCAUGUGGGCGUCAGACUCGAGCAUCAGCAUGGCGAUGUCAAGACUGAACCUUCGCGGCAACCAUCAGGCCCAUUACCACCAGACGCACGACAACAACAAUCAUUUGUUGCUGUACCAGCCGAAAGACCACACGUCGAUCAACAACAACAACAUUCACAAGGUGGACCAACACCAUUUGUCGUUGGGCUCCCUGAACCAACAGCCAAGGAUCGUCGUACCCCAUGCAACGCAGCUGCCCCAACUUCAAGUCCCGCGGGUGCAGAACUUGCCUCAGAGUGUCCCGUCGACCCCAAUCACAUCCAAACACGUCACAGCGUCCUCUUACGCGGACUACGAGAAUUAUCUAUUCAUAUAAAAGUUUGGGUUUUUGGCUGCACCCAGCACUAACUUGAAACAAGCGAAUGCCACUCGACGCAAACCCCCGAAGUCUGUCCCAUGUGGAUGUUGAGAUGUCCGAGGUAGACAGCAGAGAUGGGCAAAAUUUUAUUCGAAUAAUACGUGACGAAUACGAGCGAACACUGUCCAAUUAUAUAGAUUUAUUCUGGAGGUUUUUUCGUUUAUUUGAUGAGUAGUUAUGCUGCGUUUACGCGUUCAACGUGAAAUGUAAUUUCGUUAUGUAAUUUAAAGUCUAAAUUUUAUUUAAUAUGUAAUGGAUGAAAUGUCGUUUAUCUUUUAUUCGUUAUUCGAAACUUUCGACUGGACAAACAUUUUGCCCAAACUCUGAUACACAGACGUUAGCUGCACUAUAGUUUCAGUGCGCUGAGCAGUAUUUGAUCGGCGUCAAGUGGCGGCUCCACUGCCAGAAGUUGGCGAGAAGCUGAACAGAGACUUUCGACGAAAUCCGAGAAAAUGCUUCUGUCGCGAUUAGCUCCCGAAGUUUGGUAUUAUUUAUUGCAAAGGCAGUUCAGACGUUUGAGGAAACUGUCACUGAUGAAUUUGGUGUAAACGAAACCACGUGACUGCGAUGAGACUAAAAUGACAGGGUGAAUGACCUGAAUAAGUGCAGGUACAAGAGAAUUAACUUGGUAAUUGUUUUUCUACGUUUUUCUAUUUAUAAGUUGUAAAUUAUGUGAUAAUCUCGAAGCAACGAAACUUCAUUAUCGAUCGUUGUUUAUUGCUAAAACCAUCAGAGAGUAUGACGAGUAUUUUUCAGAGGAACUAAAACAAUUUAAAAUUAUUAAUUUUGUAUAGAAGAACAAUAGAUUAAGGUAUUCGAAGAACAUGGAAAUCUACGUACACGACGUAACUAUAGCCUAAUGCGUUGGUACCAAUGUUUAUACAAGAGUCGACCUUGAAAAGGAAAACUAAAAUGACAAAUUUUGUAAUCCCGGUAAUGUAAUAUGUUAAAUAGCUAUCCCGUCGAUUUAUCAACUAUUUGUCAAAUUUUUGUGUGUUUCGAAUCACUUUGUAUGGAAUCAAUGUGAUACUCUCGUAGUCACGUGGUUUUGUCGAGACCCUGCAAACAGAACAUCGGUAUGAAAAAAUUAGUUUGAGAGGUAUUAGAGGAAGACGGGUUAGUGCUUCAAUUAUGUCGCGUCGGUAAGGAGGAACAAAGAGAAUUUAAGAUUAUAGUCAAUAGCGAGAGAAAUUGUACCAAAGGUAGACGUAUGAAAGUUUAGAUAUCUAAUGUAUCCAGCCGUAUACGUGUAAAUGUUUUAUAUUAGAGAGGUAUUUUAAGAAAAUCGAGAUAUAAUCAGAGGUGGUUUUAUUUUUGAUUAAUGGCGUUAAUUCUUCGGGAUUCGUUCGAACGCAAGUGGAAAAAUAUUUAAUCGAUAUCGAUUCCUCAAAUUAAAUCUAGAAGAAACGAUUAAAAGAAAUAUCAAUAUUCUUAAAAUUUUAUACAUUUUUAAUACAAGAAUAAACAUAGUUCACAGCAGUCCCGUAGGAUUGAAAGUCUGUAUUUAUGCUCCCAGAGGUGCAUUUACUCGAAAUACACCGCGAGACACGGCUUCUAUUAUUUAUUUAUAAUAUCUGUAAAGCGUUUAAGAUAAGAUAGCCUGGAAUAUUAAGUUAUUAUCAGAAUACUGUAUGUAAGUCUCGUGUAAUUUCGUGCAAUCGGAUUAAGCGGGAUUCGAAUAUAUUCGUGUAAAUAGAAUCCAAUGAGUGACGAGUAUUUGAAUAACUUUGGCAAUUACCGUGUGGUCAGUUGCGGAUGCAAAUAUUAACGAUUCUUUAUGCCACGUUUCGUUCCUUUUGCCUUAUUCGAAAUUAACCAGUUUUCCUGUUUUCGCUGGCAUUUAUAAAACGUUAUAUUUUUCUAUACUUUAUUGUACAUAAAUGCUCGAGCGUUUUCCGCGUUCCUCGCCCUUUAUUAAGGUGAACGUUGAAUCCAUUGCCAAAGAAUCGGUACGAUAUGUAUAUGAAACCUGUAGAUUCAACCGAGCCGAGAAAAACGAGGUGGUCAGUAACGUUUCGAGUUCUAAUUUCGAUUUCUAUACUGCAAUGUAGACUAGACGAAUACCGUCACGAGAUCGCCGUGACUUAUUCCAGCAAAUGUAACGAGUACAAUGAACCUUGUAUUAUUCUAACGCGACACAACCACUUAGAAUGUAAAUAUACUUUUGUAUCGUCGUUUGUAA